AUGACUACUUGUAGUGUGAUUGGCACGCCGGCACGCUUUGCCCGAUGUCUGGCCAACUUUCAGGUGGAUGAGCUGUUGCUGCUCAAGAGGUCGGUGCAGCGAAUGGUGGAGGAGGAUGAAGAGGACUUUUACCAGGAGGAAGAAGAACCAGAAGAAGCCACCAAGAAGUGUCCAGAAGCAGAAUCCCGAUCGGGAUCGGUUUCGGAACUGCCAGAGCGUAUGGCCUUGAUGGCUGAUCGCGGUGGUGAUCAUGACAGCGGAACUGGCCCUGGUCCCUGGCAUUCGCAUCAUUCCCAUGCUCCUGCACCGGCUCCCUCCUGGACCGAGCAGAAGCCCACUAAGCUACAGACCCUCUUCCAGAUAAGCAUCACCGCCCUGGCCUUUCUCUCCUUCGGCGGCUACCUGUUGUGCCUCAUUGUGCAGGCUAUCAAGAGCAAGGGCACCACCUACUUUCAUCCUGUGGCAACGGCCUCCACUUCCUCCACAAAUGGCAAUGUGAAGCGCAUUAAGAUCUAUAGACGCAGCAAGCGAAGUUCCAGGGUUGAAGGAAACCAUCUAGUCCUGCUGCAGCAGGACUAUGCCACCUACAUGAGGGCCAUGCGGGGGAGAAUGCUCACCUAG